AUGUCAAACGCCACGCAAGUCAGAAUUCAGCUUAGCACCAAGCACCACGAUAUUGCGCUUGACGAAAAUCCUGGUGCGAUUUUGGUGAACACUAACUUCCGCCGAUAUGCUCUCUCUACCCUCGUGAACACCCUCCGCAGAUCCGAUCAAUCCAUUCCCUUUGAAUUCCUCAUCAAUGGCACAUUUCUCCGCACCUCCCUCGACGAGUAUCUGACUGCAAAUGGAAUAUCUGCGGAAGCUACACUUGGCUUGGAAUAUGUGCGAGCCAGCUUACCUCCUGUCUACCUUGCCUCUUUUGAACACGACGAGUGGGUCAGCUCAGUUGACGUGCUUUCUCCUUCUUCUCCAUCCGUACGGAGCAGUCAAAGGACAAACACAGUAGUGCCGGGGCAAGAGCGUAUAGUUACUGGGAGUUUCGAUGGUCUACUUCGGGUAUGGAAUAUGUCGUCACAAGUCUUAGCAACGUCCACUUCCGCUUCAAAUGGGGGACAUACGGGCUCUGUCAAGACAGCACAGUUCUUGAGUGCUACGCAUAUCGCUUCCUCGGGACUCGAUCGUUGCGUUCGCAUAUGGAAAUACUCGGAAAACUCUACAGAAUUGGCCUCAUUGCAUCCUCAGCUCGAACUAUACGGUCAUAGAGACCCUAUUGAUUCAAUCGCUGUGCAUCAAUCCUCCAAUCGUAUCCUGUCCGCUUCAGCAGAUCAUACUGUAGGCUUUUGGUCUACAAAGAAAUCUGAGGCACCCACUGCACCAGCUUCACUCCUCCCAUCAUCAGCAAGUCAGGGCGCCAAACGUCGAAAGGUUGGAAGCUCUGUGUCGACCCCACAGCGAGGGCCAUUGGUGCUGCUGAAAUCGCAUUCGUCCGACGUGACUGACACAAUGUUUGCACCCAAUGACCACACGGUUGCGUAUUCGACUUCUCAAGAUCACACACUCAAGACCUGGGAUUUGACAACCUCCACCUGCGUUGACACAAGAAUCACCUCUUCCGCUUUGUUAUCAGUCGCAGCCUUGCAGUCCCUGAAUCUUGUAGCAGCCGGCAAAUCACCGCGGGAUAUCAUUCUCAUCGAUCCUCGAGCAAGCGCUACCACGGUUUCUGCAAUGAACUUGCGAGGUCAUAGCCAAGCAGUAGUAAGCUUAGACAUUGAUCCUGACAGCGCUUAUGGUUUGGUCAGUGGAAGCCAUGAUGGUACCUGUCGAAUAUGGGAUGUCCGAAGUUCAAAGAGUGGAAAGGAUGGUCGAGUUGGGGCUUGCACAUACACCAUAGACCGAGAAAGUUUGAAAGAUCAGGGUCGAAAUGGCAUCAGAGAAGGCGUACAGGUCUUCGGAGUUUGCUGGGAUAAAGACAUCGGUAUUGUGAGUGCCAGUGCUGAUAAAAGAGUCCAGAUAAAUCGCGGUAGGGGCAUGACUCAGGCUGAAAGCAAGCAAUGA